AUGAGUGGCGACGAAGAGUGGGUCAAAGCGGCGAUGAUUGAUGAUACGAUGGUGGUGGACGUUCUUGUGCGGCUAAACCAAUCUCAACGUGCACCGCCACCGGAGUCGAUUAAGCAACUUAAGUGGAGCGUCCGUCAACGCCGGUCAAGACCUAAGCCGGCUAACGGAGCCAGCCCCACGACGCCACUGUCAUGGAGCGGCGGCGGCGGUACCUCUCUUAGUUGCGGCUGUGGUGACCAUGAAGAAUCCAGUCAUUCUCCUCCUCCUCCUCCUCCUCCUAAACUCGCACACCAUAAAAGAUCUAAGGUUAAUAACAUUAAUGAAAAAUCGACCAUCAAGAGAUCAAGAAAGAAGAAGACCUUAACUGAACUGAAAGAAGAAGAGUACUUGCUGCUUAAGGAGAGAAGAGAAUUGGAGAGGGAAAUAUCAGCAUCACGUGUCAAUUUGGAGAAACAAAGGGCUACCAAUGAAAGCUUGAAGAGAAUAAAGAUGGAAAUGCAACCAAUUCCAGAACAAGGGCCAACAGUUGUAUCCGAGCCAACAAUUUCUGGUCAAGUUCAGGAAAAGAUUGCAUCUUGUCGUCCUAUCUUUCCUAGUGCACCGCCUCCAGUUGUCCCUAACGACUUUGUUGGGCUGCAACUCCCAACAUCAGAUGACUUUCCUGAACCGCAGGUAGCUGCUGCUCCCGUGGUUAAAUUCAUGCUUCCAGAUCUAAAUAUCACAUUCGACGAGGAAUCUGGAUGUGAAGUUAGCUAG